AAAACACGAAUCGCUUUUGAGUUAGGAGUUGAUGAUGCAAAGGCAAACGCAAACGCAAAAGCUGAAGUGAACCGCAACAAAGAAGAAGAAGAAGAAGAAUGAGUGGUAUAGCAUUGACACCCGCAGCUUACAAUCCCGUUAUCCCAUCUUCAUCUUGUUCGUUAAAAUAUCAGAAAAGUUUCAGAGUCAAAACGAGAGUCUCACUUAACAACGCAAUAUCAAUCUCUUCUGACCCCUUCGUUCUCGAACUUGCCGAAGCUUUAGAAGACUCCGUCGCCACACCAAAAACUCUUCAGAAGCUGAGACAAAGUUCAUCACACUCACUCCUCUCAACUCCAUGGCCAUCACGAAAAGACGAACCCUUCCGUUUCACUGACCUCUCCAUCCUCCGCUCUUCUCAAAUCCUCCCCGCCAAAACCCCAACCAUUACCGACGCCCACAUCACCGUUCCUCCUGAUUCUCAAUUCCCCUGCCACGUCACCAUUAUCGAUGGCCACUUCGUAAACUCAAUGUCCAACGUUACGGAGAUUCCCGAUGGGGUUUACGUUGGUAGCUUAUCGAAUUUGGAUCCUACGGUAGCUGAUAGGGUUUCGGAAUUGGUGUCUGGAUUCGACGGUGGUGAUUUGUUUUGGUCAAUCAACGGUAUGGGUGCUCCUGAUUUAACGGUGGUUUAUGUACCGGAGGGUUGCCGUGUUGUUCAAAGUCCGAUUCAUUUGAGUUAUUUAUCGUCGCAGGGUAGUAAGGAAGGUUCGAAUGAUUUGAUAGUUUCGAAUCCGAGGGUUUUGGUGGUGGUGGAGAAAGGUGGAGAAGUUGAUAUAAUUGAAGAGUUUUCGAAUGUGGAAGGGAAUGAGAAUGAGUGUUAUUGGAGUAAUGCUGCUUUGGAAGUUGUGAUUGGGGAAGGUGGUAAGGUUCGACAUUCGUAUAUUCAGACUCAGUCUUCACUUUCUGCACACAUCAAAUGGACAUCGGUUCGACAGGAAUCAUCUAGUACAUACGAGCUUACAGAGGUAAGCGCAGGAGGCAAACUGGGAAGGCACAAUCUUCAUAUUAAGCAACUAGGUCCAGACACGGUGACAGAGUUAUCAACUUUGCACUUGUCUGUUGGUAAUCAAACACAGGAUCUUCACAGUAGUCUUGUAUUGGAUCAUCCAAGGGGCUAUUCCCGUCAGCUUCAUAAGUGCAUUGUUGCUCAUUCACAGGGACAAGCAGUUUUUGACGGAAACGUCAAGGUCAACAGGUAUGCUCAGCAGACAGAUGCAGGACAGUUAACAAGAAGCCUUCUUCUUGAACCUCGUGCAACUGUAAAUGUUAAACCAAAUCUCCAAAUCAUCGCUGAUGAUGUCAAGUGUUCCCAUGGAGCUGCAAUAAGUGACCUGGAACAAAGCCAACUCCUGUAUUUCCAAGCACGCGGCAUUGAUUCAGAAACAGCUAGAAGGGUUUUAAUUUUUGCCUUUGGAGGGGAAGUGAUAGACAAGUUUCCGUAUUCUUCCAUUAGAGAUAGAGUACGAAGUCAGAUUAAAAGUUUAUUGGACCCAUCUCCUAAAUGAUCACCAUUAUAGGUAUGGUGCUAAAUGUAAACAUAUUAUGUUGCUUGGUAAAAAUAUAAAUUGAAAUUACAAAAAUUCUUUUUACUUGUCAUGGUUUUUAACCAACCUGUACAAAAUGAUGUGCCUAUUCCGGUACUUGUAACAAUUGGUGCUUCAUUCAUCACUCGUGUACUUGCUGUAUUUAUGUUUUUUUGAUACUUUGAAAAAUACAUUCAUUACCUAUUCUGCAAAA